AUUACAUUCCUCCGUGCCGAUUACACGGCAUCCCUAUGGGAGAGAAGCUGUUGUGUAUUGGCCCUAAAGUCGUCCUACUUACGUGCCCUCUGCUGGAGUUUUGCUGUAGUUCAUCUCCCCUCUUGCUCUUCCCCUCCCGUGAUCACCUACAAGCGCGGGCUUGCCCGCGUCUCGCGUCAUAGCGUUGAGUAUUUUCGGCCACGAAGGUCGUCCAUUUUUGUUAUUACGAAUAAACCAAAUAAGUUAAACCGAAUUUUAAUUAUAACUUGGCGUAAAUUAAAGAAAAAGAAUAUUAAAUUAGGCAGCAAUUGCUACGGAUUAUUAUAAACGGGACGAAUACCUAGACAAGCAGUAUGUCGGAUCAUACAGAGGAACAGCUAAAAAGCGGCGGCAGUAAUGGCGGUCAUACGCCGAAACGACAUCGGGAGAGGGAAGUCAAUAGUAGUAGUAGUGACUUAGGGCGUUCAAGAGCGCCUACUCUUCCUCCUCUUCUUCCUCGCAAGCGUCGUCGUUUCUCGUACACAAGCAGAGAGAUAAGGGCGCUACAUGAAAAGGUAGAGUUGCUUUCCGAUCUUUUUUGUUGCAGAGACCACACGCACCUGAGCCUCCAGUCGUGAGCGUGACUGCGACAGACCCACAGACAAGCGUCCUGAACUUAGGACAAUGCAAGACCGAGGUCGAUGCGAAGAAGCUGGUACAACAGGCGGAUCCCGAGAGCCUGAAAACUCUGUGCGAUCUUCAAAGAUUUGGUCUUCCAGAUUGGAAGGAAAUCAGGUAUUCUAACACUUUAAAAGAGUUCUUAGCGUCUCCAGGAUUUUUAGAACUAAAGGUGAACGAGGAGCUCUGUUACUUGGAUAGGGCCAAAGAUCCAGUGCUCUCAACGGAGCGGGUCCUGGCAGGCCUGUCAAAUGCGGUUUUAACGCAGAGCAGCAUUUUACAGAGCACACUGCAAGGUAUUGUAGAAUGGUCUCACUCGAUUGAGGGGAGGAGUGAGCCCAGAAUUAUUGUUAAGCAUGUUUUCCUUGAAUUUCGGGCCAGAAUCCGAAAUGUUUAAGAAUUCCCAGAAGAUGUUACAGAUCAUUUGCGGUAGGAGAGCUUCGUGCAUCGAGGCAAGACGCGAGAGGAUAUUGACAGAGGCACCUAAUAAGCAAGUGCAGGGGGCCUUACGCAGAAUUCCGCCUAGCUCGGAACACCUCUUUGGCAAGGAGAACUCAGCAAAACUCAGGAGCAAAGCUCAGGAGAGCCAAGGAAAGACUCAGCAAAACCUAGACAGUCCGGGUCAUUUCGAAAAAAAUUCGAAAAAUGACUAUAUGGCAGCACCCAGAUUCACAGGAGGGAAACCGCCUCUAUCGACCAACUGGUGAGAGCCAUAAUACAAGACAGAGUGCUCGACACAGAUGGCGGAACAAAUCGAGACCCUGGCGGGCCAAGGCGUCUUAGAAAGAGUUUCGGAACCAGGACCGAGCUUUGUCUCAAAGAUGUUUCUGGUAAAUAAGAGCGACGGCGGCUGGCGGCCGAUCUUCGAUUUGAGAAACCUGAACAGGUAUGUAGAGACAAGAGAGUUUCAUCUAAUUUCGCACGCAAAAGUUUCAGAUUUUAUACAGCCCGGAGACUGGCUAAUCCGAGUCGACAUGUCUCAGGCGUAUUUCCACAUCCGAGUGGCGAGUUCUCACAGGUGCUUCUUACGCCUGCUCUUCAGAGGAGAACUUUGGCAGAUGACGAGCUUGCCCUUUGGUCUCUCAGCUGCGCCUCAGGCCUUCUCAACCGUAACGAACUGGGUAGCAGAAACCCUUCGUUCACGAGGCCUGAGAGUUCUGGUCUACCUAGACGACUUUCUAGUAGCAUGCCAGAACAAGAACGAGUUGGUUGCCCAGGUAUCCAUGAUGGUAGAGCUGCUGGAAUCCCUGGGCUGGCAGAUAAACCGGAGCAAGAGCAUCCUAAGACCUUGCCAGGACUUAGAGUUUCUCGGCAUAAGAUGGAAUGUCGAGAGGGAAAAGAUGAGUCUGCCAGAAAAGAAGGUCGCAAAGAUUAUAAAGCUGACGACGGACAUAGAAAGAGCUCAAAGUUGUACCUUGAAGGAGGCCCAGUGCCUCCUGGGACACUUAAACUUUGCGAACUUCGUUGUUCCGAGAGGACAGCUCCAUUGCCGCUACCUCCAACGAUUCUUGAUGGGAUUCAAUCAGAGCCGACCUCGCGAGAGACGGCAGAUAAGCUCCCAGAUCCAGGACGAACUCGCUUGGUGGGCGAAGGCCGCGAGUCUAACAUCUCCGCUCCACAAGAGCGAGGUGACACAUUUUCUGGUUACAGAUGCAUCCGACCUGGGCUGGGGAGCCCAGCUGAACGGAGUACUGAUGUUGGGAAAUUGGUCAAAAACCCAGAGGAAGUGGCACUCCAACAAGAAGGAGAUGCUAGCGGUAUACCAGGCGCUGGCCCAGCAGGGUCAAUGCCUGAAAGGAGCCCACAUCCUCCUGCAGUCGGACAAUCGCACGGUGGUUUCCUACAUCCGAAAGGUGGGGGAACAAGGUCAUUGGAGCUAUACAGCCUCACGUACCAGCUCCUCACCCUGGUCGACGAGCUCCAGAUAGUGCUGUCAGCGUAUUACCUUCCAGGAAGAUACAACGGCACCGCAGACCGACUCUCGAGAAAAAGGGCGUUACCCGAGUGGCACCUCCUACCAGAGGCUACCGAGGAGAUCUUUAGACAAUGGGGAACACCAGAAAUAGAUCUAUUCGCCUCGGCCGAGUCCGCAGUGGUCAAAACUUACGUAUCGCUAGACUGCAGAGAUCGAUCGACAGCAUUUACAGAUGCCUUCAGUCAGGCAUGGGACUUCAACCUCGCUUGGCUGUUUCCUCCGCCCAGCUUAAUUCCACGGGUACUAGCGCACCUGAACAAGUGCCAGGGCCAGUUCCUACUAGUAGCUCCCAGGUGGGAGAGGACUUUCUGGCUACCGGAUCUAGCCAACAGGAGUGUAGAACCUCCUAUGACGAUCAGGAAUCUAGAGAGGGUACUGAUAGACCUGACAACAGGCAACCCACCUCCAUAG